AUGUCGGCAUUUGAACCCAGAGAUUGGAGCUUCUCUCUCUUCGCAUGCUUCUCCCCAAUUGGUAUUUGUUUACGCAGCUGGCUCUGCCCAUGUGUACAAUAUGGAAAAACACAAGCCCGGCUCAAGGAUCCGUACCGGUCAUCUUACAGCUGCUGCAACUCCGAUUGUGUGAUUUGGACAAUAAGCAACCUGCUUUGCUGCUGCGGCUGUGUUCAGUUCUGCAAGCGCAGGGCCAUGGCCAGCCAGUUGAAUAUCAAGUCGGCUUGCUGUGGUGACUGUGUAGCUGCCUGCUUCUGCCCCUGUUGUGCUUUAGUGCAGGAGGGGAAAGAGGCGGAUCGGUGUUACCACCACGUAGAGCCCGGAGGAAAGGGAGAAUUGAGUGGAUCAAUCGAGGAUUAA